CCUAUGUUUUCCAUCUCAAUGAUACUGACCAAACAAAGUUACGCAUUAUUGAUACACCUGGUUUUGGUGAUACGCGAGGCAUUGAACAAGAUCAUAAGAAUAUGCAACAUAUUUUAGAAUAUAUUAAUAAUCUUACUCAUCUAAAUGCUAUCUGUUUUCUUCUGAAACCGAAUGCAUCAAGGUUAAAUAUCUUCUUUCAAUCAUGUCUUACUCAAUUAUUCUCUCUGUUUGGUACAAAUGCGCUCAACAACAUUAUCUUCUGUUUCACCAGUGCUCGGUCGACAUUUUACACUCCUGGCGAUACAGCACCGUUACUGAAAAAAAUGCUUACCUCUCUAUCGAUCGGCAAUGUUCCCUUCUCAAAGAAGAAUGUCUUCUGUUUCGAUAGUGAAUCAUUUCGUUAUUUGGUUGCUCGACAAAAUAAUAUUCGAUUCGAUAGUAACGAAAAGCAAGAAUAUGAAAUGAGUUGGAAAACGUCAGUAUCGGAAUCGAAACGUCUUAUUGAUUAUAUGCAUAAAGAUGUUACAGUUUAUCGUAUUGAUAAUAGCCUACAAUCGAUGAAACACGCUCAAUUUACAAUUCUUGGUAUGGUUCGUCCAAUAUUAGAAACGAUGCGUAAUAUUCUUCGGAAUCUUCUUCUAAAAAAGUUCUAUCCAUCGGAAGCAUCAAUUGAAUUACAUCCUAAGGUUCUUGAUCAUCCCAUUACAGUUUGUUUACUAUGUAAGGGUGACGUUAAGAAAAUUGGUAAUUUUUUAUUUGCAAUUGAUAUUUCUCAUAAAAUGAAAAAGAAAUGUCGUACUUGUUCAUGCUCGUUAAAUAGACACAUUACCCUUGAAUACUUACUUGAGUAUACGUUUGUUAGAAGUGCUCCGACACAUAAUGAAAGAGAGAUCUUAGCUCAAUUGCUUCGUGCAAGUGCUGAAUUUUCUUAUUUUUUAAUUCAUAUUGCUCGUGCAUCAGAAGAUGAUUUAUUUCUGUCUGGUCUCUUACAAAUGAUUAAACAUGAAGCUAAUCUGGCUAACAAUCAAAAUAUGAAUGAUAUGAAUUCGGAGUUAGUCGCAGCAUUGAAUGAGCUUCAAGUUGGAUAUGUAAACCGAAUGAAUGAAAUCAAAUCAAACAAAGAAUUGAAUAAUUUAUCAUUUAUUUAUAAACGAAUUAAUGAUAUUAGUGAAUAUCCGAUUAUACGUGAGCAGUUGGCGGCUAUUAAAGCAGGAAGGAUGAGAAUUAUGAUGAAAAAUGAAUAUGAAGUACCAAAAAGAAACUAA